AUGAUGUCCUUUUUCACUCUGUUAAUCCAAAACCUAUGCCGACCUACUGGCCUCCCACCUCUUCGCUUCGUUUCCUUGACCGCCCGUUCUUGGCCCAUACGCUCAAGAUGCCCCAGCCAACGUAGUCGCUGGGCCUUGGAUUUGACUAUAAUAUUGGGCUGGACUACUAACUCCUCUAUUUCGGCAUUUUUCGGCCUUCAUGGCCUUCUUCAUGAUCUUAUUGGUAUGAGGAUAACAAAUAAAAAUCACAAUUCUCCAGCUGCAAUAGUGGAUUGUUUCUACAAAAUUAUAAUGGAGGAUGACGAGCCAAAGCCUAUGAAGAAUUAUAAGCCAGCUCAGAAAGUAAAAAAUGGCGCUGAUAAGUUCUGGGACACGCAUCAGCAGUAUUAUGAAGCGCGCAGUAAGCACAGUACAGACCGCGUAGGGAGGGUGAACAAACACAACACAGCUUAUCCAAAACUUAUAGAUGAGAUGCGCAAACGCAGGUCUACGGCUAAGGUUACCACAUUCAACACAAGGUCUUCAAGAAAUUACACUUAUCGUAAAAGACAAUCAAAGACCCAGUAUAAGCGGCGAACACCAAUAUAUAAGCCAAUAAGAAAAUGGGGAACCAAAUUUAGAACUAUCGGAAGUCAAUGUGCCUAUGUUCUUGUGAAAAAUAAAAACGUCGGUGACCAUGGCGCGAUUUUGGAGAUAGACUCCAAAUUGAAUAAUGACAGUGAAGUGCGCGCGAAAUGGCCACAGACAUCGAGCUCUGGGGCAUCGAAACCACAGAGUAAAUCUGGCGCUUCAUUGAAAAAUCCAGAUACAAGUAUCGCAACAUUGAGUAGUUUUAAUAGUCACGAAUCUCUAAAUCAAGAACCAAUGGUUUAA